GUAUUUUUUUUAGGACAAGCUCUCCGUGGGCCUAGUAGGGAGGAGGAGAUUAGCCGAAUUUUCUAUAUCAAGUGGGCCUAAAAUGAGAUGGCCCAUUCGAGCCCGACCCAUAUUGCCAGAUUCGAGUGAACUGGCUCCAGCUAAACGAGUUUCCCCAUUUGCCCUUUCCGACCUUCCCCGUCCUCCCAGGCUCCCACCUCGCGUGGCACGCCAUGGCCUUCUCCCCGCGCUCGUCGUGGUCGCGCGCCAGGAAGCCCGACGUGUACUCCACCGUCGUUGUCCACAGCGAUGACGACGACGACGCCCGCGGCCGAGGCCCCGCCCCGGGCGCGGAGGAAGACGACGACGAGGACCCCUCUUCACUGCCCCCGCUCCUCCAGCGCCUCCCCAAGGACUUCGGCGGCGUCUCCUUCGACGACGACGAUGAACCCUACUCCUCCGACCCCGAAGACGCCUCCCUCUCCGCUACCGUCGUCGUCAAGCGCGGCGCCCCCGCGUCCACCUCGGCCUACUCCCGAUCCCCGUUCCUGGAUCUGCGGCGCUCCAGCCCCCGCGCCGCCGAGGGCGACCCGUACUCCACCUUCGUCGUCCACUCCACCGUGCGCUCGGGGGGAGCAUCCUCCAGCCCGCUCGAGUCCGGCUCCGGCACCUUCAUCCGCCGCUCAGGUGGCUCGUCCAGUCCCCGCGAGUCCCUCUCCGGCACAUUCACCCGCCGUACGGGCAGCCCGUCGAGCCCCCGCGAGUCCGUCUCCGGCACAUUCAUCCAACGUACAGGCAGCCAGUCGAACCCCAUCGAGUCGUUCUCCGGCACCUUCAUUCGCCACACCAGCGGCGCCUCCAGUCCCCGUGAAUCCGCCUCCAGCGGCGGCGGCGGCGGCUUUGGGUCCUCAUUCUGGAGUCCAGCGGUGGAACAGUCGGAGGAGCACAGGCAACCAGCUCCUCUGAUGCAGCAACAGCAGCAGCAGCAGCAGCAUUCAAGGCGGAAGCCAUCGGUGAGCUCUGUACCGGAGAGCGUUACCAAGGAAGACCCUUCCACCAAGUACGAGCUGCUCCAUGAGCUCGGUAAAGGUUCAUAUGGUGCAGUGUACAAAGCAAGGGAUCUUAGGACGCAGGAGCUUGUGGCUGUCAAGAUCAUCUCCUUAACGGAAGGGGAAGAAGGAUACGAAGACAUACGAGGAGAAAUUGAGAUGCUGCAGCAAUGCAGCCAUCCGAAUGUUGUCCGCUACUUUGGAAGUUAUCAAGGAGAGGAUUACCUAUGGAUAAUUAUGGAGUACUGUGGUGGUGGAAGUGUUGCUGACUUGAUGGGCAUCACAGAGGAGCCUCUUGAUGAAUCCCAAAUAGCUUACAUAUGUAGGGAAGCACUAAAGGGUCUUGAUUACUUGCACUCAAUUUUUAAAGUUCAUAGAGACAUAAAGGGUGGCAACAUUCUUCUAACUGAGCAAGGCGAGGUGAAGUUGGGCGAUUUUGGUGUAGCUGCCCAGCUGACGAGAACCAUGUCAAAGCGCAACACGUUCAUUGGUACUCCACAUUGGAUGGCACCAGAGGUUAUUCAAGAAAGUCGCUAUGAUGGGAAGGUAGAUGUUUGGGCACUAGGUGUUUCUGCAAUUGAGAUGGCAGAGGGCAUGCCGCCAAGAUCCACUGUGCAUCCAAUGAGAGUCAUCUUCAUGAUAUCUAGUGAACCUGCACCAAUGCUGGAGGAUAAGGAGAAGUGGUCUCUCCUCUUCCAUGAUUUUAUUGCCAAGUGUCUAACAAAAGAUCCAAGACUUCGACCUGCUGCAAGUGAGAUGCUGAAGCACAAAUUUAUUGAAAAGUGUAAUACUGGAGCUUCGAAAAUGUUGGCUAAGAUCAAGGAAGCGAAGAAGAUCAGAGACACACUUGCUGUGCAAAACCAGCUGUCUGGCCCUGACAACGGAAUGCAAGAUGCAACUGUUCAAAUAAAUGAAGACUAUGGCGAAACUGUUCCUUCAAACUCUCAGCAACAUAUGAAACAUGAAACGUAUAAUGAUGGUCCGGCAGGUGAUUUUGGUACCAUGAUAGUUCACACUGAAGAUGGAGACGAAGUGGCAGAAUCACCCAUUUUCCCUAGAACAGAGUUCAUACCAGGCCUUGGUAGCAUCAAAUCUUUCACACAUGAUCCAAAGAGGGCCGAACUUAUUUCAAAUUUUUGGACGGAGAACACUGCUGAUAGUGAUGCCAAUAAAGAACGGGAUUUUGAUGACCGUCCUGAUAUGCAGGAACCAAAAGCAAUCCCAUCUUCAACUGGAACAGUUAAAAGCCAUAAGGGUGCAGAAGGGACUAUGCCACGCCAUGAUAAUCAAACUAGCUCUUUGUCACCAGGUUUUACCAACACAAUGACUAAAUUAAACAACAGUCCAAGUCGUAAAGCAUUUUCGGUUCAGGAUAAGCUCUGGUCAAUUUAUGCUGCUGGCAACACUGUACCUAUACCAUUUCUUAAGGCGAUUGACAUUUCACCACUAGCUCUAGUAUCAGAAAAUGUAGCAGGAAAUGGCCUGGAUGGGUCAAGUACAGAUGAUGCCUUGGAGGCAGUUAGGGAGCUUUUCAGUGGUGAUGGGCAGGCAAAGAAAGGACGCAAAGGGCAAAAUGAAGUCCCUCUUCCUCCUGGUGUGCACCACAGAUUGACGACAAGCCCCACAUUGAUGAACCUGGCCCAAGCUCUAGCUUACCAUAAGACGUGCUACGAGGACAUGCCUCUACAAGAUUCACAAGCGACACAAGAGCAGCAGACAAUACAAAAUCUUUGUGAUACACUUCGCACCAUACUGAGGUUGUAGAUAUGCAUGAGUGAAGGCUCAGCUCAACCUUGAAGAAAACCAAAAUGCUGCGCGGAGCCAAGGACGAUUUUGGCUUUCGGUGGUGGACAUUGAUCCUGCUCGGCGUGGACAUCCAGGAUCAACAGCUAGCAGGCAUGGCAUGGUGCGGACCGUGGAGCAACGCUGAUGACGCCUGUGAUUAAUCUGUAUGGACGCCCGGUGACUGGAAGUUGGAUGGACACAGGGAAUUCUCUUCUGGAAAAUGGAAAUUUUUGUCACGUGUUAAUAGCCUCUAGGUAUUUAAGUAGUUGGUGUACGCAGAGACUGCAUCCACGUUUUGCUAAUCAAAUUUUGCGGCAUCAAUGCCGAUCUGUA